CUCUGCUUCGAGCACCUCCCCUGCCGCCCGAUGGUCGUCCAGCAGCACCGAUGUUGGGGGCUGUCUUUUCUCGCCGUGUACGGCUGGAUAGCCAGGGUGAAGCCUUCCGCAGCGCUAGUGGUCUCUUCAACAUCAACAUCGUCGAUGAUGAUGAUGUUGCCGUCAUCACCCAGAAUGACGAUGAUGGUGUCCGGCACAGGCAGUCGCCAAGCUCCCGUACAGCUCCCCUCGGGACGCUUCGCCGCGUGCUGGCCCGUAGGGCUGGGCCAGUACAACGGCGGGCCUGCGGUGUUCCUGGCGAACAAGCGUCGCAUCCUGGAUCCGCGCGAAGAGGUCCUGCCCAUCCCCAUCCCCGAAGAGGCUGCGCCGUUACUGAGCGAAGCCAUGCAACCGCGAGACGUGAGCGUCGCGGUCCUCCUCCGGACAUGCAGUCCGCUGUUCGGCCGAAACGGCGGAAUGUACGACAACAUACCGUGGGAAUGGAGUGGUGAUGAUAUGGCCAAGAGAGAGGCGUUCCAGAGAUCACAGGGCAAAGGCAUGAUGGACAUGGGAGCGAUUGUUGGCGGCGGCGGCGGCGGCGGCGGCGGCGGAGACUCGGUGACCCAGCAGCAGACGCAGGCCUUCGGCUCGGCGUACGGGCUGCUCGCCGACGUGGCCACCACCCUGUGCCCCGCCGACAUCCUUAGCCUGUUUGUGGAAGAGGAGGAGAGCGGAGCCGGCGGCAUCACGCUAGGAGCGUCGGCAUACCUUCGCCGACGGCCAGACGCGGAGGGAAGGGGUGGACAGAGGAGCAUCAUCGAGGUCACGACCGACGAAGCCGUAGGGGUUGCUCUUGCUCUCGGACGUCAGGUGUACGUGGACGAGGAAAUCUGGGAAGGAGGUCGCGUGCGGGUAAAGUUUGUCAUGGACGGGGACAAGAUGCGGUUGGAUCUCGACAACGUGGAGGGGAGAGACCUGUCGUCGACCUCCGAUAAGGAGGCCCCGCCGGUGCAGCCCCCGGCAUGGACGAUAAAGUCUAGGGGGGCCCUGUCCCGCAUGUCGGUGGAGGAGAAGCGGGAGUGCCUCAGGGCUACCGGCGUGCGGCCGCCAAGAAAACGGGCCCUGUCUGAAUCAGAGGACCCUGACAGAGACCUCGAAGACCUCAUGCUGCCACGAAUGGACGAAGCGGUCCGUCGAGAUGUGCUGAUGGCGAGGGCGUGGAGGGAGGGGGACUUCGCCACGGCUGGCGAGCUGUGCGCGGGGAAGAGCGAGAGGCACAUCGUUGCGGAGCAGCUGCAAGCAGCGUUGAAAGAUAACGACCAAGACUUGGCGAGUAUCCUCAUGCAGAGGCUCGAGAUCUUGGAGAGCUGCCGGAUGGACCCCACCCAGGACGAGGGUUCCUACCAGAGGGACCUCGACGUCGACGAGUGGUACGAGGCAGACCGCCGGAGGGCCAGACAAGGGUAAAUGAAGUGAAGACUCGAGACUGCCUUCAGGUUCACUCAUAUCGCAAAGCGGCCACACAAGUGAUCCCGAUUGUUCGUCGUGCGUUCUAUGACCACUCGAGGCGCGGGCCAGUUUAGCAUGGCGUCAUGAUGGAGGUGUGUGAUGUCGGGGUUCUACGUUCUACCACAUGGCUCAGGAUCUCUAGACUAAAGUAGGCCCAUCUCCACACCAAUACUGGCGGCCAGAAGUCAUGCUGUGGAUGGUUUGUGUGGCACCGACUGCAAGCGCUGGGGUAGGAAGGUUUGCACCCCGAAGUGAGCAAGUAAUCCCGCGUACACCUCGGAGAAAGAACGGCGUUAUUGCUAGUGUGACACGGCGGGCUGGCAGCGUCAAGGGUGUUGGAGGUCGAGCCCUGCUUCCCAACCUCCCCACACAACCCUGGGCAGCUUGUGAUCUUGUGCCCCAACUCUCUACCUCCAGCCACACCAGUCAAGCUUUCCUUACUUGCCCACGCCUGCCCCUUCUCGACGCCACGCUUGUCACCUGUGUCUGGUUUUGGCUGAGAGCUUUGCGUGGUGAAAAGAUGGUGGUCGUCACUCCUGUUGUAGCUUGAGGUAGAGCGGGGCACUCAAGUGGGAACAAAGCUGUUUCACCAGCCAGCACGUUUAACAUGGUCGAGUAAGAUCCCUGGCGGAAAAGCACAUGGUAACUAAGGUACUAGGGUGGUUCCCGGCUACGUUUGCUGUGUCGUUGCAGGUCCCAGGUCGUGCCUGGGUGUGUUCAUGUAUGUAAAUCCAGUCCAGUUGUUAGCAUCGCUUCCGGGUCAUAUUGACGGAAGCGGUGGAUGACUGCUGUAUCUAGAGUAAACGCCGCUGCUUGCUGGUGCCACGUUUUUGUUCUUGGUUUGUCUAACGGUCGUGUAGAGGAACGUCAUUGACACGGACCAUCAAACCAUGUUGUAGGGAUUGUUUGGGUGUUGAACAUAUAAUACGAGUGAAAACGAGUGAAUUAAUUUUGUGACCAACCUCUCUCUCCGUCGCGUGCGAGCUAGACGCGAGAGGCGAGGUGCGCGCCGAAUCGUAGGCUGCUGCCAGAACAGUGCUGCCGUAGUUGUUGCCCUCCUUUUUCACAUGUUUGGUUUGUGCAAGAUAACGUGAGGCCGCGUGAGGCAUCCUCUUUACCGCAGGGAGUUAAGUCC